GAACCAUCCAUGUUAGGUGAGGGGGAGGAAGUUCCCUCCGGCAUCGCCGGAGGGAGGGAGGAGAAAGUGAAGACAGGAGGGGUCGAGGGCGGGAGGAGAAAACCCUAGCCGCUAGAGAGUACUCAGCAUGUUGUCUAAAUUUAAAAGGAACUUUUUAAUGAAGACAACCGAAUAACUUGAAGGUGUUUCUUGAUGCCCACUUAUGUGAUUGUUGGUAGAAUGUACAUUCUAACAUUCGAGACCAAUCGAGGGUGUGCUGGAAUAAUGACCACGAUUCUGCUUCGAACACCAGAGGUUUGAUCGGUGGAUCGGUGCUCUCGCACAAGUGCCUGCUUAUUCUCAUCAAGAAUCGUGCAGACCCUGCGACUAAUUUGCUAUUUUGCCAAUUACUUCCUAAUGGCCACUGCAGGUGGGUUUCUUCUUUUUACCCCGUGCCUUCCCUCUGUUGCGUAUUCUUCACGGCACACUAGGUCACCGUCGCUUCUCUUAUUCUCCUCACCUUUCUCAAAGAAUAAGAUUGGCACAAGAGGCACUUACAGUUCAAGCUUCUCUUCUUUUCGCCCCAUGGGUUCUUCUACAUCCUCACAGAAGCCAGAGCAAUCUCAAGAUUCAGAUAAAGAUAGUUACUCCCCUUUAAGCGAUGAUGAGUGGAAAAAACGCCUCACAUCAGAACAGUUCUACAUUACUCGCCAAAAGGGUACUGAGAGGGCUUUUACGGGGGAAUACUGGAACACGAAAACUUCCGGAACAUACCAUUGUGUUUGCUGUGAUACACCGCUGUUUGAAUCAAAAACAAAAUUUGACAGUGGAACAGGUUGGCCUUCCUACUAUGAACCAAUUAGGAACAACGUGAAAUCUAAAUUGGACAUGUCAAUUAUUUUCAUGCCUAGAACUGAGGUUCUUUGUGCAGUAUGUGAUGCCCACUUAGGCCAUGUCUUUGAUGAUGGACCACCACCCACUGGAAAGCGAUACUGUAUAAAUAGUGCAUCACUUAAGCUGACUCCUCAAUAGCUAAAAGGCCAAGUCCCUCACACAAAUGGUUUCUAUCAACAUACAAUUUGAAUUUAUAUAAAAGGAAAAAAAAAAAAAAAAACCUUUCGUUAUAUAUGCAUUGCUGAUGUUGUAUCUAUUUCAUAUAUAUAAUAUAUUGAAUAUAUUUUUGAGUUAUUUGAUUGUGUAUAUUAUAAAUAUAAGAGUUUAUUUUUUUUA